UUGAUAGCCGUCGCCAUUCUCACUUUCCCAUCUCUGAAUAGGUCUUCUCCCUGCGAUGGUUCGAUUCUUCUCUUUUGCUGGUUGCUCUGUGUCAAAGCUCGUGUGAUUGAUUAUGGCAAUUAAGUUUUCUCAGGUCAACAAAGUAAGGUUUUGUGUAUGAGUCUCCUCGUGUUUUCGUUCAUGCAUCUGUUUACCCUCUCCUCGUCCUGCAAAUUUACGUUGCGAGGAGAUAUAACGGAUGCAGAAAUCGGUAUGGUUGGCUUACCAGCCCAUAGCAUUUAUCUAUUUAAUUGCCUUGGGGUCAAAUGGACCCACCGACACUCACUCUUCAUUUUCUCUGAUUUCUUCCCUUCUUUGUUUGAUUCUUGAGAAAUCGGCAAAUGAUGCAAUAUCAUCUUAUCCUACGCACUGAAAUAUUGUGUUGAUUACAACUCCGCUUAUUGUCUGAAGCCAUUACCGAUCAUUUUCACACGGUACUCCAUGAUCUUCUUAGUUUUUAGUUUUUUUUAUAGGAUUUUCCCUGAUUCUUUCGCUCUUUGUUUUGGUUCCUCAGAUAUUGGCAAAUGAUGCAAUAUCAUCUUAUCCUACGCACUGAAAUAUUGUGUUGAUUAAAACUCCGCUUAUUGUCUGAUGCCAUUACCGACCAUUUUUACACGCUAACUUCUACGUUUUUCGUUUUCCUCUUAGUUUUUUGCUUUCAGAAUUUGCUGUUUGCUGAUUUCUUGGUUUUUCGAUCUGCUGAAUGUUUUUAUAUUACGAUAUUUGGGGUAGGUAGUAUGUGGGUUUUGCUGGUAUUUCUUUCAUUUUCUUGUUCAUCUUGAUUGCCAAUUUUGGAUCAAAAACAUGAUCUGCAUCUUACUUUUAUGUGAUCCACAUCUUGGUAUCUUAAAAAGUAAUCCGACUCAUUUGGUGGGAUUUUCCAUUCGGAAUGCAUACUGAUAAGCUAGUAUUAUUGAAGUUUGUGGUUUUUACAAUUCGAUUGCAUCGUUCAAUGAUGAGAAAAAGCAGACGGGCGGUCAGAACCUGAUGCCGUGUUGAUUGUCUGCCGAUUUUCCAUGCUUGGAAUGCUUCUGAGAUUAUGCAUCACAAAGUAGUUAUUAAAAGCAGAUUUUCUCUGAUUUUUCUUUCUUACAUUGAAUUAAUUAUUUUUACGGGCAAGCAAGUAUCUUUAGUUUUGCUUGGCAAUUGGUUGUAUGUUUAUCAUAUCCUUGUAUUGCCCGACGAUACCUUCUUGCCAUGAUGAAGUAGCUAAAUUAUGUCUGGACAUAUGAGAUGUCUAUGAUUUGUUAUGGCAUCUUCUGAGCACAAUGGGAUUGGAAACCAAGCUGAAACCCAGGUCCUGAAUUAUCUUUCUGCAAAACGUUGACCUUGCUUUAAGCCUGAGAAGGUCAGUUGUCUCGAUUUGUCACUAUUUAGGUUAAAGGGCCAGAGUUGGUGCUUUCCUCCGGUUCUAUUGUAUUUCAAUUCAGUUUUAUUUUUUAAUUUUGAGUAUUUCAGUUAUUUUGAUUUAAUUUAAUUUUAUAUUAAAAAUAUACAAAAAGAACUGAAACAAUAAACCCUAAACGUUAAACAAACAAUCGAAAUGUCAAGGGUGACUUUUUUUUAUUAAAUUUUUAGGUUUUUUUUUUUGUUAUUCAGUCAGGUUUGAUUUUUUUGAGUUUUUUGGUUUUAGUAUUUGUUCGGUUGUACUAAUUUGAUUUUUGAAACAAGUUUGGUUUAUUAAAAAAUUUGGUCGAUUCAGUAUUUUUUUUUUAUUAAUAUUUGUUAACAUGUCUUUAUAACAAAUAUGUAGUAGUGUAUGAUUCGAUUGAAACAUAAUGGUUUCGGAAGCGAAGACUUUGUUCUUUGGAGAUGGGCGACUGGUUUAGCUUUUGCAAUCAAGAAGAGUUCUUCGUAACAGUGUUGGCUGGCGUUGUAAAACGGGUCGGGCGACUAACUCGCUCAAUUUCCCAUAUUUUUAAAGGGGCUAAUUUUUUCUUUUGUUAAAAUUGCGAAGUUGGUCGUAAAGGAUAAGAAGCAUCCCACGACAGCCUGACGCACGCUCACGUAGGCCCAUUUGCGCAGUCUCUGCAGUUAGUUGCUUUUCCCGACGCCUUUUAUGUUUUUAUGUGUUUUUUUUUUUUUUUUUUUGUGAUCAGUCAAAUUUUUUUAUAUUUUAAUUACGCUUGUGUAUUUUGAUAUUUUGUUUUGGGUAGUGGUUUGAAUUUUUUAUUGUUCAAAUUACGUUUUAUAUUUAUAUUUUUAAAUUAAUUUAUUUUUUGUAUUUUUAUGUAUAAAAAAAUAUUAAAUUCAUAAAAAUAUAAAGAUUAAAUUUACAUAAAAAUGUCUAAUUAAAACAAUGAAUUAUCAUUAAAAAGAUUAAACUUUUAAGAAUUAAAUUAAAAACGAAUUUUGCAUCACAAUAUUCAAAAAACAAACGCAAUGGAAAGCUCUUAAAUAAAAAAUUGUUCACAAAAUCUUAAUAUAAGGAGGAGAAGAAAAAAAAUGUAUUAAAAAACACAAUUAAGAUAGGUGAUAUCCAAUGGUAGCUAGUCGACGGGUGGUUGGCUAUAAAAAGGUCUUCCAAAGGCACAAUCUUCUCACCAGGUGAAGGUAGUUUCUAAAACACCCUUCUCCCAACAAUCAAAGACAUCUGAAUCUGACAUUCAUAAUGUUUCUGAUGUCAAGAAUGAGACACAUAUUGCUUCAGGAUAAAUAUUUCCCAGAAUGUCUCCACAGGAAACUAGAGAACUCAAAUCUGAAGUCCCUAAGGUUGACACAGUGGAUGCUGAACAAGCAAAGAGCUCAUUGCCUGCAGGUGCACUCAGGGAUGGUACUGGUGAUAUUCUAUGGAUGCAAAGGGUGUAUCCAGACUGGUUGGCCCUUCUCAGCUUAAUGCUCAAGAACAAACUGGACAACGGGCUUGGAAGCCUGCCCCCGGUUUCAAGCCAAAGUCACUACUGGAAAUUCAACAAGAAGAGCAGAGAAAAGCACAAACAGAAAAGGGGCAUUCUGAGAUCCCAGCAUCCUUUACCUCCACUAGCGUCUCUACUCCUUGGGCUGGGGUUGUUGCCAAUUCUGAUCUUAAAACAGAUUCAGGUGAAUUAAAUCUUGCAGAACCAGAAAAUCGCAUAAAUCAAAAGAGCAAGAAGAGCCAAUUACAUGACCUUUUGGCAGAAGUUUCAGCGAAGUCUAAUGAAAGAGAUGUUGAGGUUCUGGACAGUAACCCCCUACCGAUCACAACCUCUCAACUGGAUUCAAUUGACGAUGACAACUUUAUUGAGCUUAAAGACACUAAAAAGAAUCGAAAAAAGUCUGCAAAAUCCAAGGGUGUUGGAACUAAGGCCUCAGUGCCUCCUGCUUCAGUUGUUGGAUCAAGUCCUAAUGAGAAAGGCAACGUUACGCGCCAAAUACAGCAGGAGAAGGAACUCUUACCUGCAAUACCUUCCGGUCCAUCCUUAGGAGAUUUUGUUCUUUGGAAAGGGGAAUCCACAAACCCUUCCCCAGCUCCAGCAUGGUCCUCAGACUCUGGGAAACUUCCAAAGCCGACAUCAUUGAGGGACAUCCUAAAGGAACAGGAAAUCUGCCCACCACCAAAACCCAAUUCCAACACCUCAGAAUUCCCAGCCAAAUCAGCCCACUCGAGGAAAUGGUCCUUCUUGGUCGCUAUCUGCAACAUCCCCAGCUAAGGCUGCAUCUCCUAUACAGAUUGUUUCCAAUGCUUCUGCUCAAUCAAGACCCAAAGGAGAUGAUGAGCUAUUCUGGGGUCCUUUAGAUCCACCAAAACAAGAAGUGAAACAGUCAGAUUUUCCUCUUUUUGCCAGCCAGGGCAGUUGGGGAAUCAAAAACACUCCGAGCAAAGAGACUUCUGGAGGGAUGUUUAGCAGGCAAAAAUCUAUGGGUAGUAGACCUGGUGAACGAUCCCUAUCAUUGUCUCCUGCCACUUCCCAUUUGUCCCUGAAAGGGAAGAAGGAUGCUGCGAAUAAAUAUUCAGAUACAAGUUUCCUGGAAUUCUGUUUAAAGCAAUCCAGGUCUGAGGCUGAGAUACUUCUGAUAGAAAACCUUGAUGCAUAUGAUCCUGACCAUGAAUUCAUUGACAAGUUCAUCAACUACAAUGGAUGCUGAUGGAUCCAAGGGUGGAAGGGGAGGGAAGAAGAAGGGCAAAAAAGGAAAAAAGGUGAACCCAUCAGUUCUGGGAUUUAAUGUCGUCAGCAAUAGGAUCAUGAUGGGAGAAAUUCAGACCGUGGAAGCUUAGGAAGGUUUGCAGUUGUCCUGUAUAUACAUUUGUCUUUUGAAACCUCUGUAAAUGGUUUUUAUGUAGGAAUUUUUGUUUUCCUCCAAGCAGCAGCAGCAUCAUCAUCACUAAUUUAUCUGCUCGAGCAAUUUUGUUAUAUAUUGUCGAAUACUAGAGAGCCCCCCAUUUCUUGUUUUUGUUAGAACUUACAUAGCUUUCCAUCUUGAGAGAUCCUUCCCUUCUACCCUUCACUUACUAGUAGAACACCCUGGGUUUCAGUGUUGAACUUGAUAGAACUUGUCAUAGUGACUGGAUUGAAAUUUCCAAAAAUUUGGACCUCUGAUUUUGUGCU